AACUUCUAGCCGCGUCCGUCUAACGGUGCGUCGCCAGCGCGGCUCGGCAGUAACAACGGCGUUAUAGACAACAUACGUUGGGUUACUUUUGCUUUGAGAUGCAUGCGAGCUGAUCGCUGCCCGUAUUAGCCUUAGCAGCCUGGACGUUGAGUUAAAGCGACGUGCGGAUGGUUCGAGCGGGACGCGGACAUGUCUCGAGCCCGGACACAUGUCCGCGUCCAGCUCGAGCGGGACGCGGAUAUGUCUCGAGCGCGGACACAUGUCGGUGUCCAGCUCGAACGCAUCACGGACAUGUCUUGCCCGCGCUCGAGACAUGUGUCCGCGUCCCGCUCGAGCGAAGUCAAAUGUCUCGAGCGCGGACGUGCGUCCGCGCGUGAGACAUGUGUCUGCGCUCAAGCUGGACGCGGACCGCCGUGGGUCUGCGCCGUGGAGACGCGCAGUAGGUCCGCUAGGCUCGGUCGUUGUCGGAACGGUGUUUACAAGCCGUGCCUAGCGUUACGUAAGUGGCACGUUUAGCGAAAGUGGUGUGUUUGUGUUUCGGUUGUUGACUGUUGUGUACUUUGUCCCCCACCGCCACCUCCGUUGUGUCUGCCGUUUUAGCCCCCCGUCUUUGGUUAGCCAAAACUCCCCCGGCCCGGGCCUCAGUCCGCGGUCUAGAGUUUGGUGGCGGGCCGCCGAAGAGUGACGUCGGACGGGUAGCUUGGUCUGGCCGUGAGGCAACAGUGUGUCCACCAUGGGAGACAGCAGAGAUUCCCGAAGCCCCGACAGUUCGUCCGUCUCCUCCCCCCCGCCGGGCCACCGGUCGCCGCCCCAGGGCCCGUCCGCGGCCGCCUCCAUGACCUCCCCGCCCCCGGUCCCCUCCCCUGGGGUCAACAGCCCCAUCAGCAGCAUGGGCUCCCCCUUCUCCGUCAUCAGCUCCUCCCUGGGCUCGCCCUGCCUGCCCGGCACGCCCUCGGUGGGCUACGGGCCCAUCAGCAGCCCCCAGAUCAACUCGACGGUGACCCUGUCCGGGCUUCACGCGGUGAGCAGCUCUGACGACGUGAAGCCGCCCUUUGGCGUGAAGCUGUCCCCCCACAGCCCCGGCCCCAUGCUGGCCCAGAAGCGCCUCUGCGCCAUCUGUGGAGACCGCUCCUCCGGGAAGCACUACGGCGUGUACAGCUGCGAGGGCUGCAAGGGCUUCUUCAAGCGCACGGUGAGGAAGGACCUGAGCUACACCUGCAGGGACAACAAGGAGUGUCUGGUGGACAAGAGGCAGAGGAACCGCUGCCAGUACUGCCGCUACCAGAAGUGCCUGGCCAUGGGCAUGAAGAGAGAGGUGGUCCAAGAUGAACGUCAGAGAUCGGUGCAGGAGGAGCGUCAGAGGAACAAGGAGCGCGAGGGGGAGGUGGAGUCAUCCAGCGGGGUCAACGAGGAGAUGCCCGUGGAGAAGAUCCUGGAGGCCGAGAUGGCGGUGGAGCAGAAGACGGAGCUCCACGCCGACGACACGUCCGGGGGGAGCUCCCCCAACGACCCGGUCACCAACAUCUGCCAGGCGGCGGACAAGCAGCUGUUCACGCUGGUGGAGUGGGCAAAGCGGGUCCCCCACUUCAGCGAGCUCACCAUGGACGACCAGGUCAUCCUGCUGAGAGCAGGCUGGAACGAGCUGCUGAUUGCGUCCUUCUCCCACCGCUCAAUCGCGGUGAAGGACGGCAUCCUGCUGGCCACCGGCCUCCACGUGCACCGCAACAGCGCGCACAGCGCCGGGGUGGGCGCCAUCUUCGACAGAGUCCUUACAGAGCUGGUUAGUAAGAUGAGGGACAUGCAGAUGGACAAGACAGAGCUGGGCUGUCUUCGAGCAAUCAUCCUCUUCAACCCAGAUGCCAAGGCUCUGUCGAGCCCAAACGAGGUGGAGAUGCUGAGAGAGAGAGUGUACGCUUCCCUGGAGUCCUACUGCAAGCAGAAAUACCCCGACCAGCAGGGCAGGUUUGCCAAGCUCCUCCUCCGUCUGCCAGCGCUGCGUUCCAUUGGUCUGAAGUGCCUGGAGCACCUGUUCUUCUUCAAGCUGAUUGGCGACACCCCCAUCGACACCUUCCUCAUGGAGAUGCUGGAGGCCCCGCACCAGCUCCCAUAGACGGGUCGGCCCCGGUCCGGUCCCCUGCCCUUCCACUCCGGGGCUUACAGCCCGCCGGGAGGUCCACAGCGGUCUGUUACUCAGGCGGGUGCGGCUCCGCUCCGGUCUCCACCAACACCCGGCUACAGGACAUGCUGUUCUACAAGACCUGGACUCAACACACACACACGGACACACACACGGUCACACAGACACACACACACACACACAUGGACACACACACACACACCGACACACACAGAUGGACACAAGGACCCACACACAGACGCACACACACGGAACUACACACAAACACAGUGACGCAGACAUUGUUGUUCUACCUGUAUACAAAUGCCAAAAUUAAGCUCAAUCAUUUGUCUCUGAAAGACCAUAAGCUGUCUUAACACACACACACACACACACACACACACGCACACACGCACACGCACAUUCUUCCAUCCUUGGUUGCCGUGGCAGCAGUACUGUCUCCUCCUGAGAACGCAUCAAGUGUAAACGUCUUAAGUUUAUUUUCUUGGUUCCCACCUAGCUAAUGCUAUUUAGCUUCCACAUUAGCAGCGCUACGCUAACUUGGUUCGCUUCGUUAGCCCGUUAGCAUUAUGCACCAGCAAGCUACAUUUUUUUUUUUUUUUUUUUUUGUGUGUACGUUUUUAGUUU